AUGGUCCUCCGCAUCCCCCUGCGCCGAAGCGCGAGCUUCACCCCGGAUCCUCAGCCCGCGGCGGAGGGACCGCUUCCCACGCCCCUGAAAAUGGAAGCCAACGUGGUGGUCCUCGGUGCAGACGGGGUGGGAAAAUCAGCUUUGACGGUGCGCUUUCUCACCAGGAGAUUUAUCGGAGAAUAUGGAAAUCUGGAGUCUGUCUACACCCAUACUAUGGCAGUGGAAGGCAGAGAGAUCCUUUUCCACAUCUGGGAUUUUCCCCGCUCACAGGAGCAUGUGGACAACAGCUUGGUUGAAGAUAAACGCAUUCAGUGGGCCGAUGGCUUUGUCUUGGUCUACAGCAUCUGUGACCGGGCAAGCUUCAACAGUGUCCAGCCCAAAGUCCAGUUCAUCAAGGCAGCCAAAGAAGGUCCAAGUCAGGAGAAAGUGCCCAUUGUCAUUGUGGGGAACAAGCGGGACCUGCACCACCGGCGAGUGGUCUCCAGUGAGGAGGGGCGGCUCCUGGCGCUCUCCAUGGACUGCAGAUUCUAUGAAGUGUCCGCAUCAGAAGCCUAUCAUGGGGCCCUUGUGGUCUUUCACAGCCUGGCGGAGUGCAUCUGUGAGGCCAAAACAACCCUGAAGAAAGGCACUGGCAUCCGCAGCAUUGUCAAGAGCAUGUCUUCCGUGUUUGGCCGGAAAAGGACAGACUCCAUGUGA